AUGGUGCCCCGUUGUCAGCAGAGCCAAGACAGCAAGCUACGGGGAGGCCAUCUUGCCCAAAGUAGUGCAGGGGACGUCAUGAGUGUGCAGGGUCUCGAGGAUGAGGGGGAAGCAGCAGCCUCCGCUUCCUCUCUAUCCUCUCCCUCCCUUACUGUCAUCGCGUCCACACCAAUAGAAAAGCCUGGGCCUGGGACACCAAGUUGUCCUCAGAAUCCUCAGGGCAUCUUCUCUCCCCCCAGUGCCAUGGCUGCCACUCAAAGGAGCCAGUGCAGUGAGGGCUUGGGCCAGCAAGAGGAGGAGGGUCCAAGUCCCUCGCAGGAUGAGAAUGUUCCUCAGAUCUUGCGCAGUGUGCUCCUAAAUGACAAGUUACAUGAUCUGGUGCCCUUACUGUUCCGCAAGUAUCAACAGAAGGAGCAGAUCACCAUGGAGGAAAUGCUGCACGUUGUGGAUGAUGAUUACCAUGAGCACUUCCCUCUGAUCUUUAGGGAACUCUGUCAGUGCAUGUGUCUGGGCUUUGGCAUUGAGCUGAGGGAAGUGGAUCCUCCUGGCCACACAUAUGACCUUGUCCCUGUCCUGGGCCUCACUUACAAUGGCAUGCUGGAUGAAGAUGACCAGAUCAUUGCCAAAGUCGACCUCUUGAUACUCAUCCUGAGUGUAAUCUUCAUAAAGGGCAACCAAGUCAGUGAAGCAGACCUAAUGAAACAAGUGGGAAGGUGGGAGAUAUUAGCUCAGAUGGAGCACAUUGUUAUUGGGGAUCCCUGGAAAUUCAUCACAGAAGAUUUGGUCCGGGAAGAGUACCUGGUGUACCAGCAGGUUCCUAAUAGUGAUCCUGCUCGCUGUGAGUUGCUGUGGGGUCCAAGGGCCCACACUGAAACCAGCAAGAUGAAAGUCCUAGACCAUGUAGCCAAGCUUAAUAGGGUGGAUCCCAGGUCUUAUCCACAUCUAUAUGCGGAGGCUCUGAAAGAAGAAAAUAGUAUGUUCCGGGCCCCUGAGGUGCAAUAUGUGUGA